GUACCUGUACUUCACCACGUCACGGGCGCUUAACAGUAUAUUAUCGUGAACUUUAAUUACUGAUGCUAGGGACCAUACUAAAUCACACUUUAAAGUACAACAUUCCCAACAACCUAAUUUCAUGAAGCGCAGAAGUUGCUACUUGCGAGGUUUGCCGGGAAAAUGUUUCCUUGCUCUGGAUGAUCUGACGUGGUCUGAUCAUAUGAUCUUUGGAGAGCUAAAUGUAGGCCUAAGCCAGUCAUAUUUCUCCCGAUAUAAAUCAAACAAUUAACAAGUAUGUUCAACCAGGAGCAAGAAGAGUCACCAGCUUUUCUUGAGAGCUACACUAAGCUGGUCCCCCUCCCCUGCGACCAGCCAGGCUGGUGCCACCUCAAGGCUACACUAGCCCGGUUGGCUACAGUCACCACACCUCAUACCCUCCUUCCCUGCCUUGGAGAAGUUUACCGGGCAGCUCACCCUUCCCAGCACAACUGGCACACAGUCCAGCCACUAGCUGAGACGCCCCACCCAUUCCUUGGGCUAGGCCACUUCCUGGAGCAUGUUGCUGAGGAGGCAGAGCAGGACCAGUUCUUCCGAAGAGUGCUGCCAACGAUCACAUGGCUGGCUGGAGAGAUGGAGGCAUGGCGCCCUCAAGAGGGAAUACAAUAUGCUCUUCAACAACAAGAAUCGACAGUGUGCCUGGACAGACGUUUUGUAGCCAGUGUGGUCGCCAAUGCAUUUCUCUGCACCUUCCCAAAACAGCACAGCCUCCGUGUGAACAGCAUUAACUUUGAUGAAUUCUUCCAAUUCCUGAUUUGUUCUUCCACCAAGAGUUCCCAGACAGCCAAGCUGCGCUGUUUUCUGAACUACUUUGACAGACUGGCUGACAUUGAUGUGAAUAAGAGCUUGACUGGACACAUAUCUUACAUCAGACAGGUUCUCAAGGAGGAUGAGACCAUUUCUUUGGAGGAGUGGUUGGACAGCAAGACCCCACUCUGCCCCCUCACUAUCAAGCACGAGGGUCUGAUAGAGAAUGCAGGCAGCCAUGCACUACAGGUUGAUUUUGCCAACAGAUUUCUUGGCGGCAGCAUACUACUUGCUGGCCGUCAGCAGGAGGAGAUACGUUUCAGCACCUGCCCCGAGCUCCUGGCUUCGCUACUCUUCACAGAGAGCUUGCAAGACAACGAGGCAGUAGUUGUCACAGGCUUUGAACAGUUCUCAGAAUACUCAGGCUACAGUAGCACCCUCAAGUUCACUGGAGAUCACAAGGACUAUGCAAAGAAAAAUGAAUGUGGUGACCUGAUCAACACUCUCAUUGCAAUUGACGCCAUGCCGUGGUCAGGCUACCUGCAGAACCAGUACAAACCAGAGCACAUCUUCCGCGAGUUAAACAAGGCCUACGUGGGCUUCUGCUACCCAAAGGCUUCCGUAGAGACUAGUGUUUCUAUUGGCCAAGAGGAGGUGGACAGUGGCAGCUACCAUGACGCACUGGACCAAUCCCUAGUGUCAACAGAUGGUGCUGAUUUUGAGACGGCUUCUUCUGGGGAUGAUCACAGUUGUGAGUCUUUCUCCAACUCCACGCUUCAGGCAUUUGGAAGCUCCCUAAGCCGAGCCAUCACAGACAUUGCCAUCAAGGACGUCACAGGCUCCUUCCAAAGGCCCAGCCUUCCCCGUGAUGAAUCCAGCCAGAAUUCCCUCAGCACAGUGCUGAUGAUGUCCAACAACUCCACCCCUGUUGAUGAGGUCAGCCAGAUGGAGUUACCAGGAAUCCCAGGAGAGCUUCCAGCACUGGAAAGCUAUGCUACAGGGCUUGUCCAGGACGUCCUGAAAGAGGCAGGAGCAAACAGAUUUGAAGAAGCUGGAAGUCAGGGGGUUGGAGUCACUGAAGAGGAUGGGGAAGGAGAUGCAACCUUGCAAGAUGAAAACCUUGAGCUUCAUGCUGAGAUGUUGGUAAACAAUAUCAUCUCAAAUGCUGUUGUUGUGGUCAAGGAGACCAAUGAGCAGCAAAUCCCUGAUGAGUCAGAUGCUGGCUAUGAUAAGGAGCACAACAGAGAUGAACCAUCAGAGCUUAUACAGGUCAUUGAUAAUGCAGCAUUUGGCACUGCACUGAAUGACAUCGGGUUGAGUGAGAGCAGUACCACUCUCACCUCACCACAAAAGCAUAGCGAGCCCCAGCACAUGACAGAGUCCCACAGUGGUGAGUCUCGCAGCAGCAAAGGUUCCCUUGCUGACUACAGUGUCAUCUCUUCUGCCUCUGGCCAGUCAUCUGACAGCUUUGUCAAGCUCAACGGGGAUGUUGACUUGGGAUAUCGACAACGGCAUCCAAACCAGGCUUUCUCCACUGAAGUUUUGGCUGCUGAUAUCAUGCAUGAUGCACUGGCAACACUGCACAAGCAUUUCAACAUCCGCUCAGGUAUCCCGACCACCAUCUCCAAUGAUUCCUUGGACUUCAGCGAAAUCCACUCUGAGAUGUCCAUGGCAAGAGAUCGCUCAGGUUCCUUUGACAUACUCACCAGCGGUGAUGUCAGUAGCAGCCCAUCUUUGUCGGAGUACGUAAGAGUUUCCAAAUUCAGCCUGGAUGGUUUGGCAGAGGAUGUCAUGUCUUCUGCCUUCCAGCAGCUGCAGCAAAUUCUCCAAGAGAAGGCUAUCAAGGAUCUGAAUGGCAACCAGAAAAAGGAAACAAUCCCUCUGUCAUCUGAUGUGAAAGAUAAUGUCGGAAAUCCUCUUAAUAAUAAUAAUGAGGCUAGCGACUACAAGUACCUAACUCUCGCCCAGGAAGAUGUCAAGAAUGGAAAUACGCUUCCAAGCAGUAUUCAUGAUGCUGUAAGUCAAGAGGGGCAUCAAAGACCCUGUACAGCCAAUAACUUUGCCGAGAGAUUGGUCGGGGAAGUCUUUAACGAGUCCCUACAUGCAUUACAAAAUCGGAAUCUUGUGAGCAGCAGGGGCCGGCACCAUGAAGACCCCAGCACUCCGCCGCCAUCCCCAACAGAUCCAGUGGAACUUGAGGCCAGCGUGCACACCUCUCAAUCCAUUGAUAAGUCCCUGGUGACCAUCUCGGAACAGCCAGCCAUUGAGGAGCCACUUUACUUUGGAGACAAGCGACUGUCUGUUGAUUCGUCGGGCACAGAGAGCAGCCAGUCUCGAGAGGCUCGCAUCAGGGAGUGCGCUGAGCAGCUGGUUGCACGGACGCUGCCUGAAUCCAUGAAACUCCUUGGAGGGAGUGCCCAGACCACCAGUAGCUCGAGCUCCCGCCGAACCUCCAGUCCUAGGGGCUCCAUACCUAACAGCUCCAAUCGGUCCAGCAUGGACUGCUUCACCGAGGACCUACUGAAGAUUGGUAACAUUGAUCCAAUGGGAAAAAGGCCUAGCCGUACUGAGGAGAGCCUGGCCUUCUUUGCUCAAGAGAUCAAGAGGAUGGCAGAAGCUGAGGAGAAGUCAUCCAAAAAGCAGAAGGAGGACUUUGCUGACUUCACAAUGGAGCUGCAACGAGGAAGUGCCAGAGCCCAGCCUGAUGAGAACACUGCAACAUCAAGGCACUCCCUGGAAAUGCUAGCUGACCGUUACUCCGUCCAAGUCGUAUCUGAUGUAUUUGUUCAGCUAUACGGCGAGCCAUGGUCAGAAGCCAUACAUUCUGUUGAACAAGAAGAUGAGAUUGUGCAGCAGGAUGCAGUCAAAGACCAAUCUCCAUGCCACCCUUCAGAGCAGGACCUGAUGACCAUGGCUUCCAACCUGGCAAACUCAAUAAUUGAGGCAGCGCUCACGAUUUACCGAGAGGAGCAUCUGCAUGUACCGGUACACGCUCAAGUCAAUGCUGGGAAUUUUGAAAUGGGCACUGUCUAUUCAGAGAAUGAACACUCCUCUCUUGAGGAAGCUGUUGAUGAUGUGCGAAUGAGCAACAAGAAUCUCAGACUGGAGGAGUUUGCAUCUACCACUGGCCAUCAGGUCAUCCAAAAGGCUUUUGCUGACCUGCCCAAUUUGCUGAGGGACAUAAAAAGAGUUGAGCAAGAACGUGAUGAAGAAGUGGGGCCAGCAGGCCAGAGGCCAAUCUCAACAGGCAACUGGGGCUGCGGGGCCUUUGGCGGUGAUCCCCAGCUGAAGUCAUUGAUCCAGUGGAUGACUGCAUCGCAUGUGGGCUGCCCACGCAUGAUGUACUACAGCUUUGGGGAUGAACGAGUAAGCCGGCUACAGCGUGUGGUCAGUGAGAUCACCUCCAGACAGUGGACAGUGGGUGACCUCUUGAGAGCAGUACUUGACCAUAGCUGGUUGACCCUUAAUGUGGAUGCAGAUCCUCUCAGUCUGUUUGAACGCAUCAUCAACAGCGGAUGAUAUCCACAGCUUCUCUCCAAACUAUUAGUCUAUGGACAUCUCCUGGUAAUUGCAUAAUUUAAACAUUAAUGUGUAAAUUACAUGUAAGUCAUUUUUUCCCUAAAAAACACUCCUGCAAAUUAUACAUAAUUAAGUUUUUCAAAAGAUUAUAUAUUUAGCUUAUGGUAGAAAUUGCUUAAAACCCACAGUUGUCGUGUGUUUCAAAUCAUGGACAUUUGGGAAGUAAACAGCAGAAUGAUUUCAGGCAUUUUGAGGACUAGUGGGUCAAAUUGAACUAAAAUCAUUCUUGUGAUGUGCGUAGUCCAGCAUGCAAAUUUCAUGCACUUUGUGGUAGAAGCAUAAAACUUGUCGCAUGUACAGAUAUUCUUGUUUUGUUUAAGUUCAUUUAUUUCAAUACUGUCCUUGGAAAAGGAAAUGUACAGUGUUUGUAAUAAGUUGAAAUACAGUAUAACAGGUUCAUUAAGUCUCAUAUUAUUACACAAAUGACAAUAUUUAGGCUUGGGUGAAGCAAAAAUGCUUUUGUGCCCUAAUCUGAAAUGAGUUCAUACAGGUUGAGAUAUUUUAAAUGAGCUCAUUUGAGCUCAUCUGAAUAGUUCAGUUCUCUUGUGUUAAGUUGAAAACACUUGCAAUCAAUCAAAUACAUUGGCUCACCUGUUGAGUGUAGAUUUACAGAGAAAAGUCCAAAUGCAUAAGCUCAAUGCAUAACAAUAGAAGUUCCAGCUCUGCGUUUAUGGAUAGCAAGAAGCUUUACCUACAUUUUCCAAAUAAUUUAAAAAAAAGAAGGUCACAAAUACAAUUACUCAAAAAGUCGUUGGUGUCAGCUAAUGAGGAGAAUUUUUAAAAUCAAGAUUGCCACAACACAGUUUUAUUUACAAAAAUAAUUUUACACAAUUUGAUUUCUAUUGAGCAUAUGUAUUUUCCAUGCUGUUGAAGAGUCACUUUUGUUUAAUAAUUAAAAAGAUAAAGCAACAUCUUAGUAAGUGGUGGGCGCCAUGGACAACAGGUCAUGUUAUCAAAAUGAAAGUGUUCAUUAUCACACCACAUAACUUGAAAGCUACACUUGAUGUCCUAGAUUAGGGGAUGUUUGGUUGUAGACCAAAUCGAAAGUUCUACGCAAUUUACAAGUGUAGGUCCUUAAGUACAGGAUUUUUGGCUAUUGACAAGGAUCUUCAUUUUGAAAAAUGUAGGGAUCGAGACAUUUUUGAAAAUAGGAUUGGCAUGUUGACAGUGGUGGAUCCGAUCAUGAGUUAGACACACUGUUAUGCUUGUUUUAAUAACUGUUGGAAAUCUACACAUAGCCACAAGAAAGAGGAUAAGGCAUCAUCCUCUCCAGAUUAAUGAAGGUUAAUGUUAGAAAUGGUGGCACCAAGGCCACUGAAGGCUAAACCUGAGAUGGCAGCAGAAAUAAUUGUGUGAACAAAGAAAAAUUAUAAUAACGUGUUGUGACAAAUGGCAUCUCAAUUAUAAAAACAAUAAAACUUAAAUAUUAAUUUGCAUUGUAUAUAGUGGCUUAAAUGUUCAAAUUAUGUCAUAUAACAUGGUGCUGUUGUUUGUUUUGUUCGUUAUUUGUUUCAUCUCCACUCAUUGAAUGUGAAAAUAUUGCUUCAUAAUAACCAAACAACUUUGAAGUGUAAACUGUGUAAAAUACUCUGCUUUAUGGCUCCCUUGGGCAGUUAGGUAGAGACAGAGGCUGCGCUGGUAGGGGUUUCUUACCCCUGAUUGGAGGGUCAGGGGUUCACAUCCAGUCACUUACCAUGUGUGUAUACAUUUACUUACUUUUCACAUCAUGUACAGUAUGUGCAGCUUGUAAUUGUGGUUUACUGUAAACUUUAACAUAGUGUUAAUAAACAGUGAUGCAUAAAACGUUUUGAAAGGAAACUAAAAGAAACCAAAAGGUAUUUGUGCUGUGUGUAGAUGAUUUUGGGUGACAAAAGUAUUCAUUUUGUGCUUAGGUAUAUAUAUUUAUCCAACAGCCUUGCUCAUAUUAGUUUCAUGUCAUGUUGCUGAUGUUGUUCAGUUCUAAGAUUAUUUUUUUUUUAUUUAUCUGAUUUCUUUUGUAAUAACAAUGUGGUGCUUAUAUAGCGCUUUAUCUAAAUUUGUAUUCAGCAUUAGCAAUUUGUUUUAAAUUGGAAUUUCAAAUAGUUAGUCAAAUGUUUUAAAUACAGCUAUUUUUGGCUAUUUUACUUAGAAAUAAUGUAUUCAUCUUGAAUUUGUAUUGAAUAUUCAUGGUCAUAUCUAUUGACACCCUGGCUCAUGCUGCCAUCUUUUGUUACUCUUUCUUCAGUGUUUGAGGAAUUUAAAAACUUUUAUUGAGAGCCUGAUAUAUUGCAGAAGUGCACUUUGGUUUGCAUGUUUGAGUUGAAGGUUUUUUGGUAAUAUUGUGCAUUUGUCAAAAACAUGGAUCAUCUGAAAUGUUUUUUUUGUUGAAAAACAACACAGUUUGUAUUUACGUAUAAGAGCAUUCUUUUUGGAUGCAACAAAAUUGUUUAAAAUCUUAGGAUGCAUAUAGCAGCUAACCUGUUGAAGUUUUAGCUCACUGGAUUCUGUACAUUUUGAGAAAACUUAUACACAAUGUUGCGUCUUGAAAGAGGAUUCUAUUGAAAGCGCUUCCAAUUCAAAAGAUGUUGUUUGAUAUUUUGAAUUCUAGCCUCUCGUGUACAACCCCUAAAUAGUUCUUGGGACAUGAUUCUCAUUCAUUCGGUGUAUGUGACGUUGUGGACCCACUGCAUGGGCAAUUUGUAAAUCAUCACAUUACAAAAACAAAUGUGCCUGUGGGCUCACUGUCUUAAAACCACCUUCAAUGAUCCUUCAUUUCAAAUGGACUAAUUUCACAGGGUAUGUGGUACUAGUCCUAUCUUCACUUUGUGCAAGGUUUACAUUGGUAGGUUUGUUUCAGGUAUUUACUAAUGUGGACCAAUUCCAUGAGGUUACUUAGCACACAAGUUUGCUGAGCAUAGAAGGAUUAUGAAAAUAUUCUCUUAAAAUGCAUGAUUAUCAAAAGUGGAAACUAAACUUUCAUUAAUUGUGAGCCUGGGGAAAUGCAGCAUUACUGAGACCAAUUUCUGUGGUACGAAAGAUUAAGGAAUACUGAUUGGAAUAUAUACGUUUAAGAAGAAAGCUAAAUAUAACCUGUACAUUUAAUUCUCUAAGCAUUUAAGUUUAUGGGGAAAAAGAAUGUUGGUUUUCCAACUAACUUAUAUUUUUGUUUCAAUUAAUCAUGCCCACCUCUUUAAAACCUUAAGUAAAUGUUAAAUUAUACAUAUUUAAGUAUAACAUUUAUUAUAUAACAUGUUUGCUCUAUUAUUAUAUGUCUUAAUGGCAGUACUUAUCUAUUCACUUAAAAAAUCAGUGUUUGAAAUACACAUUUGAAAAAUAUUUACUUGUAGGUCAGGCAAUGAAGAAUAAAAAAACAUACUGCACAUUGAUUAAUCAAUACAGAAUCACCACUGAAAAAUUGGAAGGAAUUCAUAAACACAUACCUUUUUUUCAUUUUGGCACUGUAUCAGUGUUGAAAAUUAUUUAAAGGAAUGUUAAUGUUAUGACAUCAAAGUUUACUUACAUGUAUAGUGUUUCCUCGAUACUGUAAUAAUUUAUUACAUUGAUCAUGAUGUACUUAAUUGUGACUAGAUAAUGAAGAUAAAGGAGCUAAAUUGAAUGAA